CAGAGAUUAACGUAAAAGGAUGGAUCUAAUUAUCUGUGUUUUGGGGCUGCUGGCGCUGACCGUGGAGGGCAUCCGUUGCCAAGGAGUGUACGCACCUCCAACUGUCCGCAUUAUACAUUCAGGACAUGCCUGUAAUGUUGAGGAGGAGAGGCACACGGAGAGAGUCUACACCAUCAGAGAGGGAGAGACCCUGGAGCUCACCUGUCUGGUGACGGGGCAUCCUCGGCCACAGAUCCGAUGGACCAAGACAGCCGGUAGUGUGUCUGACCGCUUCCAGGACUCCAGUGUGUUCAAUGAAACGUUGCACAUUGCAAAGAUCCUCAGGACCCAGGGAGGUCGCUACUACUGCAAGGCUGAGAAUGGCCUUGGCUCGCCUGCCAUCAAGUCCAUAAGGGUGGACGUCUACUACCUUGAUGACCCAGUGGUGACGGUGCACCAGAGUAUAGGAGAAGCUAAGGAACAGUUCUACUAUGAGAGGACUGUGUUUCUGCGCUGUGUUGCCAAUUCAAACCCGCCUGUCCGCUACAGCUGGCACCGUGGGAGAGAGGUCCUGACACAGGGCUCGGACAAGGGCGUGGAGAUCUACGAGCCUUUUUUCACACAGGGGGAAACAAAGAUUCUGAAGCUGAAGAACCUGCGUCCUCAGGACUACGCGAACUACAGCUGCAUCGCAUCUGUCAGAAAUGUGUGUGGGAUCCCUGACCGCAGUGUUAUCUUCAGACUUACCAAUAAGACGGCCUCCCCAUCCAUCAAGCUGCUGGUGGAGGAUCCAAUCGUGGUGAAUCCUGGCCAAACGGUAUCGUUGGUGUGCAUCACCACAGGUGGGGAGCCUCCCCCCAUACUCACCUGGGUCAGCAGUAAUGACAGCCUGCCACAGAGGAGCGUGGUGAAGGGGGGCACCCUCACGCUGCCGGCCAUCACCUCAGAUGAGGCGGGGGUCUACAGCUGCGUGGCCAGCAACAAUGUGGGAAACCCAGCCAAGAAGUCCACCACCAUUGUGGUGCGAGCUUUGAAAAAGGGACGAUUCUGGAUCACUCCUGAUCCCUACCACAAUGACGACAACAUCCAGAUUGGACGUGAAGUCAAGAUAUCUUGUCAGGUGGAGGCGACCCCACCAGAGGAGCUGACGUUUAGCUGGCUGAAGAACGGGCGUGCCCUGAGGAGCUCAGAGCGCAUGGUCAUCACCCAGACGGACCCUGACAUCUCCCCCGGGACCACCAACCUGGACAUCAUAGACCUCAAGUUCACCGACUUUGGAACAUACACUUGCGUGGCUGCACUGAAGGGAGGAGGCAUCCCUGAGAUCAGCAUUGACGUCAACAUCUCGUCCACAACUGUUCCCCCCAACCUGACAGUCCCCCGGGGCAAGUCCCCCCUGGUGGCCCGCGAGGGUGACACAGUGGAGCUGGAGUGCCUUGUUUCAGGGAAGCCCAAGCCCAUCAUCCUGUGGUCGCGAGCAGAUAAGGAGGCGCCCAUGCCAGACGGCAACAUGCAGAUGGAGAGCUACGACGGUGUUCUGCGUAUUGUUAAUGUGUCCAGGGAGAUGACGGGCUCGUACCGCUGCCAGACCAGCCAGUAUAAUGGUUUCAACGUAAAGCCCAGGGAGGCUGUGGUGGAGCUAAUCGUACAAUACCCUCCGACAGUGGAACCGGUUUACAUGGAGAUGCGUCAGGGCCUAGGGAGGCCUGUGGUGAUGACCUGCAGAGUGCUGCGAGCCCACCCCUCCCGUGUGCUGCGAUUCGAGUGGCUUCUAUCAAACCGGCUGCUCCACGCCGGAGCCUUCGAUGCCCAAAGAGACGAGACAGAGUACACGAUCCGCAGCCUGAAUCGAGACGGCUGGGGGGAGUACACCUGUAAUGUCAUCAAUGAGGCUGGAGCAGGCAAAUGCACCUUCCAGGUUACAGGAAAGGCCUACCCCCCGGAGUUCUACUAUGAUACCUACAGCCCUCUGUGGCAAAAUAGACCCAGAGUCUAUGGCUUCAAGCUCCAGUGGACCCAGAUGAACCCCAAUGCUGUGGACCGCAUUGUCGCCUACAGACUGGGCAUCAGACAGAUGGGGCUGCAGCGCUGGUGGGAACAAGAGAUCCCUGUGGAUGGAACAAUCAACAAAGGAGAGCUCAUGACACACAACCUGACUGAGCUGAUAAAGCCUGAAUCCUACGAGGUGCGCCUCACCCCCAUCACACGCUUCGGAGAGGGUGACUCCACCAUCCGUAUUGUAACCUACAGUGCUCCCAUCAACCCUCAUCUGAGAGAAUUCCACUGCAGCUUUGAGGAGGAACCCAUCUGCAUGUUCACCCAGGAUAAGAACGAUGACUUUGAUUGGACACGGCAUAGUGCUGCUACCCGUGACACCAAGUAUACACCCAACACCGGGCCUAGUGGGGAUCGCAGUGGUUCCAAGCAGGGUUUCUACAUGUACAUCGAGACAUCAAGACCACGGAAGGAAGGGGACCAAGCACGGCUUGUAAGUCCAUUUUUCAACGUAGCACCGAAAAACCCUUACGGUAUCACCAACCCACCUGCCUACUGCUUCGGCUUCUUCUACCACAUGUAUGGAAAACACAUAGGAACACUGAACGCCUUCCUAAAGCAGAAGGGCCAAACGACCUCCGAGGGCCCCGUGUGGUCACUAAGUGGUAACCAAGGUGACCGCUGGAAGCAGGCCAAAGUAAGCAUCCAUCCGACAGCGUCCUUCCAGGUGGUACUGGAAGGUAUCCGGGGACCAGGCAUCGAGGGAGACAUCGCCAUCGAUGACGUCAAGCUGGAGGAAGGGGAAUGUCGAGACCCACCGCCCAAUCUCAGCUCCAAGGCUCCGUCCACAUCCUCCCAUAUAUGGCUGCUAUGCAUCACCUUGGUGAUGACCCUCCUAGAGGGUCAGAGGUGACCCUUCUCUCCGUCAUCUCAGAGGCGAAUAUUCAGACCCACCGUCUGUGAGCUAUACCCUCGGCAUCCAAUCACCAAAGAUUCAUGCAUCCUGAAAGCAGCUGGGGUCCCCUGACGGACAACGGAGAGACGGAAAUUAAUAAAAGAGAGAAAAAAUAGUGAUAAAAAAGUUACACAAAAAGUAAUAAAGAAGAUUCGCUAAUUUUUUAAAGAGACCUCUUUUACAGAAAACACUCCUCGGUGCAGGACUCGGGACGUCUUUACGAGCACAAAGACAGGUGGGCGAAGAGUAAGCCUGGACUUUGGUGAUAGAGUUCAUAAGCGUCAAGGGAGGACAGUUUGUAAAGCACAAGAACAAUUUUAUCAAGUUAUGAAAAUAUCUUUGGAAGGCGGCGGAAUAUAGACACUGCUGACCAUUUGAAGAGGAAAUUACAUUUCCCUGCUUAAAAAUACAUGGAAUCAGACCUUUCUCUGUGUAUCUUUAUCUUCAUUUUCUUGCACCAGAUGCCAGUCACCAACACUUGUUUUCCACGCUAGCCCAACCUCACAUCACACCUUGUCGUUUCUUUAUCUGCUUGGUGCUGUACUGUAGAAAAACAAGGAUUCUGGCAACAUUUAGUUCUGUCUGCUUACUCCCCUGUAGCUGCCUAUGUAUCUUUUAACACUGUGCUCACAAAUCCAAGUGGCCAACCGACAGUACGGUGGCAGAACAAUAAAUGCAGAAGAAUGAGCGGAGUUGUAGACAGCUGGACUGGAGGGCAGAAAAAAGUUGAAGCUUAUAAGCUGGAAUGAGAGGAAGAGGUGGAAAGAGGGCAGAGAGGAGGGAUGUUAAACGGAGGAAGAGUGAAGGGAGAGGAGGAACAGGCAGAGAGUAGAGAAAGGUCCGAUUAAUGAGGCCUGACUCGAAUAUUCAGUCAGUGGUCCGUCUGUGGAACAGAAGCCACUUUACUUUCUGCCAUGAAACAAAGUGCCUUCAGAUUACAAACCGAAUCGUGAGCCUGGGUGUUAGUCAACAUCGAACACAUCUCCGUUCAUGUUUCCUCUGAUGGGCUAUUUUCUACAUGUUUCUUUUGCCCCACAAGUGCUGAUGGAAGGGCAUGCAUGUUCAGAGGGAGUAUGGGGGUU